GCAGUCUGCAGAGCAAACGCGCAAACGAGGAAGAGAGGUGCGCCAUUGCCAACGACCGCCGCCGAGAAAGGAAACCAGUAGAGAGGCCAGGAGGCCCGCGUGGGGAUGGCGGCGGACGUGAGCUCUGUGGCCAGGCUGCUCCGCGGAGAGGCGGGCAAGAAGGGCGGGCCGGAGAUUGUGACGAUGGAUCUUCUGAGCAGCUGCGGCGGCGGCGGCGGCGCCGCGGAGGACGAGGUGGUCGACCUCGAGGUCUCGGUGCCCGCCGGGUUCGAGCGACGGCUUGACCUCCUGUCCGGCAGGACGUUCCUGACCCCUCGUCACCCGAGCGUCCUGGACGGUCACCAAGACCUCAACCUUCCUCCGCCGGCCGCGCCGGCGUCAGCGCCGCCAACGACCACGGCCGCGGUCUGCACCCUCGACAUGGUCCGCUCCGCUCUGGUGCGUGCUGCCGCCGGGAGGACCGCCACCUCGCCGGCAACGUCGACCACAUCGUCCGCGUCCACCUCAUCGUCGUCUUCCUCCGCGGGAAAGCGCAACAGGUCGCCGCCGACCGCCGCGACCCCCGCGAUGCGCGCAGCCGCGUGCCCAUCCUGCCUCACCUACGUGCUCAUCGCCGAGGAGGACCCCCGCUGCCCGCGUUGCGCGGCGAGGGUGCCACCACUCCGCGGGAAGUCCGCCGCCGAUGACGACAGCAACGGCAAGAAGCCGAGGAUCGACCUGAAUGCGGCUGCCGAUGAGACCGAGUGAAUGGAGGAAGAGAGAAGCGGAAACUUAAAAGAAAAAUAGAAAUCGGAAAAUGGAGAUCUUUAGGCAGCAUCUUGUCUGAUAAGAAUUUCCUGAUUAUAGUAUAUUAGGGGGUUCUAUAUUUGUAGAGUAUGAUCAUAGGAUCAAAACAGCUGGAGUAGAAGUUGGACUACUUCUCUCAAUUUAGGCUGUUAUUUAAUUUCUUCGUUUUUGUUAAAGUCUUCAUUAUGUACAAAAUAAUAGUUGUCUCCAUUUUUGUUGGUUUAGUAAAAUGUUUUCAUACUAGUUUGGAUGCA